AUGAACGGACAUACCUCGCCGCCUCCCAGCAACCGCACCUACGGCACCUCAGGCCUCAGGCCUCACAAGAAGCAAGGGAAUACUUAUGUCCAUCUCACAACUUCCGGUCCCUGUAUCCGGUCCUUCCUCAGUUCACGGAACCACACGUCAAAGUUCAAUCUGUUCGCCCUCGUUCCUGCAUCAGAAUCAACGUACACACAGUAUGACUUCAUGAUGACUCCUGCCUCGACGAUACACCAUGGAAUCCGGGUCCACCGACGCAGUGCAACUUGCCGCAGUUCCGCAAGGCGGUACGGUACGACCGCGCGCGGCCAGUGGUAUCGACCGACUAUGACGUCACGCGUUCAACCGAGCCCAUUGGCCAAUUUCCCGUGCCCAGUGUCACCGAAGCGACAAGAACUCCUCUACAUAUUUGACCAUCCUCUUCGGAAACACUUCUCCCAACAACACCUCUACGGCCAAACACGCAAAGGUUUCCAUUGGGCUCUCUACCACCACCGCCACGAACUGGGCGGGUAUAAAUUCAACGUGAAGCAGAUGGGCUGCGGCUGGAUCUGCGACAGUGCCGCUAACAACAACAUAAUGAACUCUUUCCUCUUGGCGGGAGCCCUUCGCAUAGGCUACUGUCACCCGUCAGAGGCUAACGCACUCGAAUGGAUUGACCAAGUCAGCCUGGAGGAACCGCCCCCACCGUACCCAACUUUCACCUGCCGCACUUGGACGCUACAUUGUAUACGCGGUCUGGCGCAAUGUGGCUUUGUCAAGUGUCACGACGUCGACGAAUUGGAAGAAGAGGCGAAGAGAUGGGGCAUCAGCCAUCACCAGACUGCCCAGGAAGCGCUUCAGCCCCGCCCUGUCGAAGUUGAUCCCCUCGUCCAACUUCCCCUGCCACCUUCCACCAAUUCCAACUGGGACGCCCCAGUCGUCAACGAGACCCGCGAACGGUCCGCCGACAUGAUAUGCGCAUGCCUGACGCACCGGGACCUCCUCGCACAUAAAAUCCUCGCCGACGAGGACUCCAAUAGUAAUUCUGACUCCCGGGUGCACAACAUGAAGACUGUGCCAUUUCGAUCUAUGAAAUUAAUGUACAUGUAUACUAUAAACAAGAUGAAUUGUACACCAUCCGGAUCUCUCACACUCAAAUAUGAAUUUCGUCCUCGAUCGCGAUUGCCUGUGGAGGCUCAAAUGAGUUGUUUAAUACAGCACGGCACCAGAUAUGAGGACUUCUUCCAGGCCACGCUGCACACUCCUCUACUCUAUGAGUCGAUCCCUCCAAUGCUGUGCAGUUUGCGCUUUCUACAGCCUUCAGACAAGAAGUAG